CAUCGGGAAGAAGAAGAGUUUUGUGUAGAAAUCUUUUAUUUUCUUGCUGUUCACAGUGGAGAAAAACCAAAAUUUAGAUGGGAAAACGUGUAAAUACUGAGAAAAUAAUGUUACUGGGCACCGGGUAGAGAGCUAUGCUGUACAGAUGAGGAAUGUCAUCGACUACGAAAGACUUGAGUUUCCGUGAGCACGGCCUUUUCUCCAUCCAUUUUUCCUGCAAUCCAGGCUGCCACAUAAAUUACUGAUAAGUAUAUUUGCUAGCUCUAAAGUGGUGUGGUGUAGAAAGGUAAAUAUUUACAUGCCCACGAGCACCGCACUGAUAAAGUUUGUCUCCCAGAAUAAACAAAUGGGGCUUGAGGAGACGUGAAAAAUUGACGCAUCUCCCCCGACAUCGCCCAUUUGAAGUUUCUUCCUUGAUUUAGUAUUCAAAUUUUUUGAUCAUACCCAUUAAUUUUUUAUGUGGUUCACCAAGUUUUUGCCAUUCAAAAGUCAGUUAAUUGCGCGGGCAGAGGUGGAAUAUCGGCUAAAUUGCCCGCCAAUUGUUUGUGGGUUUUGGAGCGAAGAAGAUCUAGGCGGGGGAUCUGCUUUGAAAUUUUUCUGUAGAAGACUUCCCAACUCUGUUUGGGAAUUCCACCCAUAAAUAUUGUUCAUUCAUGCAUUAAGAGAUCUCCCUUAUGGAAGCUUUGCUGUGUUUACCUUCAAAUUGAGGUUUCCUUUCGAUUUCCGCGUUUAUUUCUUUUUAUUUGUAGCUCUUAAACCUUUUAAAGAUUCCAAUUGGAAUUGUUGGGAUUUCUUACAAGAAUAUUCAAUUCAAGAUAUUGGAUCCUAUUCAGCGACCAAGAAAUUUUUGAUAUACUUGAAACUUUAAGGAUUUCUUGGUCGCAGAAUACGACCUAUUGUUUAAAAUAUUUUCUUUAAUUUUCUUAAAAUUCGUCAAUUAGAUUUUUAUAGUUUGUUUCUUUCUUUAAUAGUGUUUUUUUUAAAUUAUUUUUUCCAGAACACAGAAAAGAAAUUUCUAACUGAUUUCUAAAACAAAUUCUUUGUCUUUCUUUCAUGAAAUGACAAUAGAACGACUAAAAAAAUAAACUGUCAAAAUCUUAUAACUUUUUAAUUGAAAAAAAGAUUUUAGUCAAAAUCGACCCUAAUUAAAAAAAAGUUACCUAAUUAUGUUCUUAAGAUUGAACACGGAAAAAAAAAUAGCCAAGGUAGACACAAAAAAUAUUUCUCCCAGCUAUUUGGCGUUAGAAUAUAAUAAUGUCCAGGGUAGAAAUGAAUUAUGUCUCUCCCGCAGGCAUUUGAAAUUUCUAGCUCAGAAAUUUUAGAGAAAAAUCAAAACAUUCAAAAAUUAGGUUAUGGGAUGGUGUUGUUGACUUUCUCUGAAGAAGUGCAAUUUUCCUGUGGACCCAUUUACAGUAACAUCUCAUGAUUUGUCGGAAAAUCUCACAGUUUUCCCGGUGAUUUAUGAAAAUGACCAUGUUUAUGUGUGUAUUGGAAAAAAAUGACAAAACUUGUGUGAGGCAGUUAAAAUUCUUUUGUAGCCGAGACUGGAGCUAUAACUGGCUCGAGUACAAAUUAUGCGUGGCAGAGACAUAUAAGAAUGUCUGGCUUGGAUAUAUGUCAAUUUCUGUACCGUACAACUUUUUUUUCAGUGAAGGAACAUAGUUACAUAAUUUUUCACACCAGUAGUAUCAUUUUGCUUUCGAAAAAGAAGGUCUUUGAAAAAUUCAAGUAUUCUGCGUAUAAAGAUGCCCUCACGUUGUGGAUUCCUAGAGCCCUCUAGUUCUUUUUUUUUGAAAAAUUUAUCGUUAUUUCAUAUACUUCGGGUGCCCUACAUAAUACAGAAUUAUAUAGAAGUUUUCUUGCAAAAUUUAAUCAGAAUUCAUGAAUUUUCCGCGAAUGUGUUUCAAUUAAACAUGCUCGCAGCGGUAAUAAAAAAAAGUCUGGCAUCGCGACCAGAAAAUUAUUCAUUUCGUCAUCAGUUGAUAGCCAGGAACUGAGGUAGAAGCACACAUAAACUUUUUCUCUCCUCAUUCGUUAUCAAGAGACGCGUCCCAUUAAAUUGUCGAAUGGCAUUGCAUAUUUUUUCCCUCAUCGAUUGAAAGAAAAAAAAACUCGCGGUGUUUAAACAAUUGGAAACUGCGAUAAGGCCACACUUAUGUGCCUGCAUUUGUAUUGAAUUUUUGAUGACGCUAGCACAUUUGGGUGCCUCUCUGUGCUCCAUUUUCCCAUUUCCAUCGCGAUGGUAGUCUCACAGAAAUUGUUGCCUUGCGUCCACACACGGUCCGCGGGGUAUUGGCGAAUUGUUGUGGAGAUUAUGUUGUUCUAUGUGGGGACAAUGGUGCGGUGCUCGUGAUUUUCUAUUAAAAUUUAUGAGCAAAAGAGGUGGAGGAAGUUCUCUUUUUUUUUUUAACUUGUGUGACCCAAAGAACCUUCAUUUCCUUUUACACACCACGAAUGACUUUGUUCAGAAGAGGUGGUGUAAAAAAAAACAAUAUCACUCCGUGCAUGCAUAAGUAAAUGAGGGAUUUUCUUAUCAAGAGAAGAAAAUAAAGCUCACACAAAUUGUGGAUGGAAAGGAGAAUGAAGGGAGACGAUGUGGAGAGAAAAAAUUUCAAUACUAUUUCACGCUACUAACCCCAGGUGUUGGUGAAUUUUAUUCUCUUUAAAUACAUUAAGAAUUUAAACGCCAGUGAGGAUGGACUUAGAGGUGGUGGUGCUGUAGUGAAUUUUUUUUUAUCUUAUAAAUGAACAAUAUGUGACUAAAAACCAAAAAAAGAAAAAAACGAAAAUUUCUUGCCAAAAAUAACCCAAAGGCAAACAAAUAAAAAUGAGAAAAUCUCGGAGAUUGUCUCAAAAGGCAGCUGCAGCUGCAAAGUCAACAAAGAUUGCCAAUAAUCCAAGUAAAGUACCAAAGAUUGAACCAAAAGAAGAACCCCGGAAGCCACCAAUUGUGGCGAUUGAAUCACCAAAGAAUGAAGAAAACCCCCACACGGAGUCAAGCCCAAAGAGGAAGAGGAAUACGAAGAAGUACAUUUGCGAUGUCUGCGAAAAAAGCUUCCAAGGAUUGAAUGAUCUUCGGAAGCACGCAAGGAUACACAACGACGAACGACCCUAUCCGUGCCCUCAGUGUGACAAGAAAUUCCGCCAGGCAGGUUGUUUGAAGAAUCACGUAGCGUCACAGCAUGGAAGCGAUGUGCAGUACAUCUGUGACUACUGCAACAAAGCUUUUCCCAUUAAGGAGCGUUUGAGACUCCAUCUGCGCAUCCACACCGGAGAGAAGCCCUACAAAUGUACAAUCUGUCCUAAGCAGUUUGCACGCGGUGGGCAGCUGUCGCAGCAUAUGCUCUCCCACAAUGGUGUAAAGAAGCAUCGCUGCAAUUUCUGUCCAAGCGCCUUUUCAUGUUCGGCCAAUUUGAAAUUGCACACCAAAGCACACAACGAUGAGCGUGACUACACGUGUCACAAAUGUGGCAAGAGUUUUCUGCGUCCGGAUGCUCUCAAUAAGCAUCUCACGUGUUUCCAUGGCAAUGUGAAGGCUUUCCAUUGUCCAAUUUGCAAGAAAAUGUUCAAAGGGCAUUUGCCGCAGCAUAUGCGUAUACAUAAGAAUUUGAAGCCUCAUGGAUGCGCUGACUGUGGGACGGCUUUUACACAGCGGAGUCAAUUGGUGGUGCAUCAGAGGAUUCAUUCGGGUGAACGGCCAUAUCGAUGCCAGGUGUGCUGGCAGGCAUUUGCUCAUUCGAGUGUGCUCAAGUUGCACAUUAGGAAGCAUACGGGGGAGAAACCCUUCAAGUGUCCCCUGUGCAAUGGGGAGACGGCUUUUUCGCAGCUGCCGCACCUCAAGAAACACAUGCAGGCCAUUCAUAAGCAGGACAAGCCGUACAUGUGUGAAUCGUGCAGUCAGUUUUUCCGGACUAAGAUCGAGCAUAUGCAGCACGUAGCUGAGUGCGCCAAGCAGGAAGAGCAACAAAAUGGAAAUUGGGAGAGCGACACUGAGGACAAUUUGGAGACCCCAAUGGCGCUAAGUCGUAUGCGUUUACUCGUGGCUGUACUCAUAAAGAAAAUCAGCUCAGAGGAACGUCUCAAGGUGUUGGGCUUUGAGAAACGCUUAAUUGACAACGUACUAAUUGAUUCACUGAAAUUCGGCAAACGUCCCGUCUGUGAGGAUGAGACAAAAUCCGAAGCAGAGAGGUUGCGCAUAAAUAUUCGCGAAUUGCUCGAUUGGACUGUACCGCAGCAAUUUAUGGAAAAGUUCAAAAGUGAACAAAAGAGCACGGAAGAAUUGCUCGAAGAGUUGGCCAGCUAAGAAAAAAAUGCGUUUGUCACAUUUUUAAAUCAAUUUUAAUCAUUAAUGCCAUAAUAGUUGAUUUAUAUAUUUAAAAAAAAAUGCUUUUAACACAGCAAACUCUUGCAUGCAUUCACAAGUUUCUAUAUAUAAAAUACAAAUUGUUGCACAGUAUCAAACUAACUUCCAUUGGUGGUGGGUGAAAUUCUUAGAGGUCUUCUUGUAGUUUAUUCUUUUAUUUUUCUUAGUAUAUCUUCUUAUUUCUUCUGGGAAAGAUUUCCAUACACAAAGAAUCCAUUUAUAUGGCCUUCGAUUCUAGUCCAUAAUUGCCAUUUUUAUUUUUAAAAUAUUUUAUGAUUUUUAAGAUGAUUUUAUUUAGGUACAAAUCAACCCCAUUUUGCCAUAAAAAUCAUUUAAAAAAAAGUUUGAACAACUAUGAAAAACCCACCAGGUAAAUGCAUAAUUAUGUAGUUAUUAAAAGGAAUUAUGCAAUAAAUUUCAAUUUGAUGUUUA